AGUUAAAGAUUGUAUUAAUGACAGCAUGUGAAGUAAACUUUAGUUUGAACAAUGCGGAGCUCGCGCGGAGUCGCCCGUUUGGCAACCGACCUCAGCCUGUGGUGCCUGUUGGCACAGGGAGUGAGCGGAUAUGUCGACGGAUCUGGCUUGAGCAACUAUUCCUUUCCCGAUGACUUUAUAUUCGGCGUUGCGACGGCCGCGUUUCAAAUAGAAGGAGCAUGGAAUAUAGGAAAUAAAGGAGAGAGCAUGUGGGAUACGUAUCUACACAAACAUCCAAACUUCACAGUGGACGGGUCGAAUGGAGACGUCGCCACAGAUUCUUAUCAUAAAUAUAAAACGGAUAUUAACUGUGUCAAGUCUCUAGGUUUGAAGUAUUACAGAAUGUCUAUAUCAUGGCCUAGAAUACUGCCUCAAGGAACUGAUAAUGUUAUAAAUAAGGAUGGAGUGAGAUACUACCGUACUAUGUUCAAGGAGCUUUUAAAAGAGAACAUCACUCCUGUAGUCACACUAUUCCAUUGGGAUCUACCUACACCACUUAUGGACUUAGGCGGCUGGAGUAAUCCAAAGAUUAUAGAUUAUUUUGAGGAUUACGCAAAAGUUGCAUUUACCUUGUUUGGUGAUGUUAUUAAACACUGGUCAACUAUGAACGAACCACAUCAACAUUGUUCUAACGGAUAUGGUGGGGAUAAUUUUGUCCCAGCGAUGAUGUCUGGCGGCCUCGGAGAGUAUCUGUGUGCUCACUACAUGUUGCUGGCUCAUGCUAGAGCUUACCAUCUCUAUGAUAAAUCAUUCAGACCACAUCAAAAAGGUAAAAUCGGUAUUACCCUUGAUGCUUUUUACGCGGAACCAAAAGACCCUACAAAACAAUCAGAUAAAGAUGCUGCAGAAAGAUAUCUUCAAAUGCACUUGGGAAUUUUUGCUCAUCCGAUAUAUUCUUCGGAGGGAGAUUAUCCACCCCUGGUACGGGAACGUAUAAACAAUAUAAGCCUCUCUCAGGGCUUCACAAGAUCUCGCUUACCGUAUUUUACCAGCAGUGAGAUUGAGUUACUACGAGGCAGUUCAGACUUCUUUGGCUUAAAUCACUACACAACAUAUCUCAUGUCCGACAUGCCGAUGUUGAAAGGUUGGCGUGUUCCGUCAUGGGAUCAUGACACCGGCGUUCUAUUGGAGCAGAAUCCCAUGUGGCCUAAACCAGGGGCGGAUUGGCUGGGGGUGUAUCCAGUCGGUUUCCGUAAAGUUCUGAACUGGAUAACAAGGAAUUAUGGUACAAGAAUACCUAUUAUUGUAACUGAGAACGGCGUAUCCGAUUUUGGAGGUCUCAACGAUUACGCUCGAGUUUCAUAUUACAAUAAUUACUUAUAUCAAAUGCUACUAGCGAUGUAUGAAGAUGGCUGUAAUAUACAAGGAUACUUUGCGUGGACUUUAAUGGAUGACUUUGAAUGGAAGGACGGAUAUACAGUCAAAUUCGGUCUCUUUCACGUGGACUUCAAUAGUACAGAAAAAACGAGAAUACCUAAAUUGUCAGCGUUCAAUUAUGCUGAAAUUGUUAGAAGAAGAAAAAUCAACUUCAAAUACAUUGAACAGAUACCAAAAGCACAUAUAAAUAUUUUAUAAUCUUUGAAUAAGUUAAUCCCACGAAUCCUUUACUACGUGUAUUUAAUGUGAUAUGCACAGAUUUCUGUGUAAAUAAUGUUAAGACUAGUUGUAUUAUAACACCUC